GUUGAUAGGUGGUAGAUAGAUAUUUAAUGUGGAUUUUAUUACUAUUAGUGAAUUUAAGUUUUUUAGUUUACCGUGUUACAAAAAUUUGUUCAUAAUGGCAUUCAACUUUGAUAGUGGUCAGUUCAACAAGGAAUCCACACCAAAACGCCUCGGCAACUGGCAAGUCCCACGUUGGGCGCCAACGAGAGCCCGCCCCUUGGAGAUGCGACCAGACCCCAAGCCCAUAUGCGACAUCAAUGGACAUUUCCUUCCUGGCGCGCCGCGUGGCACUUCGAGGUGCUUCGGACACUUUACAGGCACGUGGGAGUUGCCUAGGAAGAUCACCAGGAAAGUUGCCGAAGAGUUAGCCCAGGAGCCACCUCACGGCAGAUUCCCAGAUUGGUUGAACCUCCGCGUGCAGCGACCCAAAGCAGCCGCAGCGGCCGCAGCGCACACGCGCGGCAAACGCUCCAAGAAGGACGAGCAGCCAGCACCUCAGCCCGCGGAGACCUUCAAACCUAAGCAAUGCCCGAUCCACAAGCACGGCCAUAAAACGAAAAUAGUUCGCAAGCUUGAACUCUAACACACCAGAAGAUCUAGAAAACAAUUAAAGUGCACAAUGGAUUAAAAUUACACUUAUUAUUUAUUACAAUUUUACUUAUUAUUUAGUAAGCUUAUUUAGUAAGGCCUUUAAAUAAUAACGGUUUACAAAUUUUACAUGUCUGAACCUAAAGG